UCCAAAGUUUGUUAGCGUGACACCUUUGACCACACUUCGGUUCCGCGACCUCGAUGGAGCUGGGCAGGGCUUUGCGAGCUGGGCUCCUAUCUUGAGGAAAUUCCACGGCUUCGUUCUAAGCCAAGGCAUUAGGCUUGUCGAUCAAAGUUCGCCCUGUCGAGCUCGUUCGUGCGCAGCUUCUUGGAUGCAGCUCUCCUAUAAAGCUUGAGUCCGACAGCGCAUACAGACCAAUGGGAAGUCGUGAACCUUGAUCCCCUUCUUUUACGUAGCUUCUGAGUAACCUCUUCUUCCAGACCCCCAAACGAGAAAGAUCUACCAUCCAUCCAAGAUGGCUUCGCUGCUUGUGCCACAGGCAAGAUCGUUCGCGCCUCACUUCGAGGUCAUGCCCAUGUCGGUUGUUAAAAGACUCAACAGUACUUUUGCUACUUCUCUUGAGCCUUCUGGCCCCUUGCUGAGCCGGGGUCCACCUCUCAGAUCCACUACGCCGUCGUCCUUACUACGCCUAGAUAGCGGCGCAACAUCCACUUUCACCGUCCUCGCCAUCAUCACUAUCCUCGCCGUUUCUGCGUUUGCAACUCAGGCGCACCUCACGGACGGUCCUCUAAACACACUUCUGGCUGCAACAGUUUGGCCUCUUCAUCGUGCUGGCAGCCUUCUCAGCCACCUCGGCUUUCGCCAUUUGGGGUCCUCUCUUCAGCAUCUUGUCAAGGCGUCUCCCAAAAAACCUAUCAAGACCGCAUAUCCAGCCCCACCAAUCGUCAACGUGCCAAGAGAUGUCCAGCUGUCCGAAGCUGGACAUGCAGCCUACACUGCUGCGUUGAAAGAGCACGGUGGAGUGGUUGGUAUCCCGCGGCACGGUCGUCUCGAGUACAUUGUUGAUCACCAAUAUGUCAAGGAUGUCCUGACCGAUGCGAACAAUUACUCUUUUGAGCAAGCUGUCACGUCCGUCCUUCACAUGGAGUUCAUGCUAUGGUUCAAAGGCGGUACAUUCGUGCAAGAAUUGGAAAAGCUGGUGCAAGAUGGCGUCACGCCACGCCUGCGUGGCGUCGUUGAAAAGAUCGCGCCCAUCUUUGCUCAAGAGGCUCAUGAACUAUUCGAGAAGCACGCGGGAGAGAAGACUCCGGACGAGGUGCUGAUCGACGAUAUGUACACAUGGAUUCACCGUGGAAUCGCACGAGCAAUGGUCGUGUUGAUCCUCGGAGAACGCUAUCUCAACGAAGAGAUGACCGGCAGAUUCAUGCGCAUUGUCGUAGGCAUUGCUCACCUCAGCGGAAUUUACGAAAACACCCAAUCUUGGGCACGGUACCCUCGUUUGCAUGCCCUGAAAACUACUCUGGCAGUCAUCUUUGGCACCGUCAUCCCCGACUUUUUCUUUGGCAUCGUUCCUCAAUUGUGGAGGAAUGUCGACUCUCACAUCAAUCACGGACUAGACGUCGAGUCGUCAGACUACGCUCCCUUCUUGGACAUCUUGACGGCCAAGCACCGCAAUCGUGCAACGGGUGACAUCAGCUUCUUCAACUUCAUGUGGUCGGCCAUCGUAUGCCUUGGCAUCAUCUUUGCUUCGGUCCAUCAAAGCGCGGUAAUGGCAGUUUGGUGUGUCAUGACGCUCGCCAAGCGCCGCGACUACCAAGACGAGCUUCGCGAAGAGAUUGCCGAAAUCAUCGAGAUUGACGCCGAGGGCAACAAGUGCAUCACUCUUGAAGGCUUGCGCCAAGCACAGAAGCUCGACUCCUUCAUCCGCGAAGUACUUCGUACCAAUGGCGCGCUAUUUGCACCAGUCCGCUGCACCACUGCGCCAGUGCGUAUUGGACCCUACGUCAUCCCCAAGGGCGUCAACGUGAUGCCGUACGUCAAGCGAGCAAACGAAAGUGUCGAAGCGUAUGGUGAGAAGGCGACCGCGUUCGACGGUCGUCAAUGGGUCGGCAAUCGUCCUGCCGUGCAAAGCGACCCUGCCUUCAUCACAUUCGGCCUGGGCCGUUGGGCUUGCCCCGGUCGUCACCUCGCAGUCGCAGAGCUCAAGAUGAUCGUAGCCACCCUAUUUGAAGCCUACGAUGUCAGCUUGGUCGGAGAUACUUUUCGUUCUGGAGACCCGAUGAACAACACUAGCGUUGCUCCCAUUGGAACCGUUCGGUUCCGCAAAUUAUGCACUUAGGUCGUUCCAACUUCCCUUGGAGCGCGUCGACACGGAGCGAACAGUAGAUCACCUUCUCAGCAUCCCUCUAAUGUACUGUCCGCUGCCUCGCGCGCUUCCUUUGCGCGAUGCAGAUGCUCUUCUCCAACUCUACUCCUUUCUGAUGCGCUUGCGGUGGUCGGAAUGCAAC